GUCACCGAGGUAUAUACAUUGUAUAUUGGUCUGUACCCCUGCAAGGCCAGAUAAGUUACAUGUAUGCAUGUGUGUAUAUAUUGGAGCGAAAGACGUAACUGUGUUUGGUGUGUGUGUCAGUCGUGCUAUGGGCCGUUUGUUUAAUGUGUAGGAUUUCUUCCACGAGAAUAAAACCAUUUAACUCAUAUCUGUCUUGGGUAUUCAGGUGACAAACGGCGCCCAACCAAGGGAUACUUAGCGUUGCUUGCGAAUGAAUACUUCAUUAUCACACAACGGCUCGACAUACCACAGUUGUGUAGCUGUUGUGGUCAAGGCUAGGUCAUAAUUGUAAAUCACUCCAGAGCUGCAAGGUCAUCCAGUGAAAUACCGCGGACUACCGGUCUAACCAUGGACGUGCUUGGUUUGGUGGAUGUCCCGACCUGGCUACAGUGGGUGUUGUUAUUGGUGGGGAUGAUUGUAGCCUACGUCAUCUACAUGUCAUGGAACCAUAACACUUUUCAGAAAAUGGGGAUCGAUGGUCCAAAGCCUCAUCGAGUCCUUGGACAUUUAAGUACACUAUUUAAAGAGGGAGUCAUGAAGGCUGAUUUGGUGCUCUGUGAAAAGUAUGGCAGAAUAUUUGGGACCUAUGAAACUUGCUACCCUACCUUGAAUAUCGCCGAGCCUAAACUAGUAAAAGAAAUUAUGGUGAAGCAGUUCAACAGCUUUGUCAAUAGACGGACAACAUUCGCUGAUGCGAUGGACGCUGAAAUAUCAGAAAUGCUAACGCUUCUAAAGGACGACCACUGGCGAAAUGUGAGGAAUGUAAUGACGCCUACCUUCAGUGCAAAGAAAUUACGACAGAUGACGCCUUUGAUCAACUCUGCCGGUGAUCGGAUGAUGGAAAACAUUGAAAGUAAGAUAGCAACAGAUGAGGACAUCGACAUGCAUACAUUACUCGAAGCCUUUACAAUGGAUGUCAUCGCUAGUACAGGUUUCGGACUUAAAAUUGACUCACAGAAAAAUCCGGAUGACCCUUUCCUGAAAAAUACAUUAGCAUUGAAAAAAUCAAAAUGGUCAGCGAUAGUGGCAGCAUUCAUUAUGUUUUUACCAUUCAUGUCCCGUUUGGGUAGAAGUCUAGGAAUAACGUUUGCUAAAGAAGCUACGUCUUUUUUCCUCAAAGCGACCAAAGACGCUCUCAAAGAGCGGAGAGCUAAUCCAGGGGUAUAUGCAGAUUUUAUGGGUAUAAUGGCUGAUGCAGGAGAUGCUGAGCAACAGGACAAAUCUUCCGGCAAAACAUUACUUACAGAAACCGAGAUAGCGUCAAAUGCUGUGAUGUUUUUCUUUGCCGGUAACGACACGACCUCAAGCACAUUGACUUUCGUCAUGUACCACCUCGCCAUCUAUCCAGAUAUCUGUGACAAAGUCAUUCAGGAGAUUGAUGACAAACUUGGUAAGACUGUCCCUGAUUAUGACAAUGUUCAUGACCUGACCUACCUAGAGAUGUGCAUUAAUGAGACAAUGAGGCUUUUCCCUGUCAACGCAAGAGUUGACAGGGAGGCUUCUCGAGACGUCACUAUAGGAAAUAUCGAGAUACCCAAGGGAAUGAUUGUUAACAUUCUCGUAGUCGCUAUACAGAGGGAUCCGGAAUUUUGGCCGGAACCGGAGAAGUUCAUCCCUGAGAGGUUUUCAGCUGAAGCAAAAGCUAAUAUGGACCCGUUUGUAUUCCUGCCAUUCGGAGCGGGGCCGAGGAACUGUAUUGGACUGAGAUUGGCCUUACUUACAAUGAAGAUGGCAAUUGCUCGGAUGUUGCAGACUUAUAGACCAAUUAAGAGCCCGAAUACCCAGGUUCCUAUCGAGAUUAAAAAGCUUGCAAUUAGACCAGACGGAUUUGUGAUGAAAUUCGAGAGGAGGAAGUGAUGUGAUUUUUGUUAAAGACCAUCAACAUUAUGUAAAAGAAACCUUCGUAAUGUUUUCACCUGAUUAAUUGCAAACUUUUGCUACAAAGAUAGGGGACAUCAUAGUUUGUGAAAGGAUCUCAGUAAUGUUGGUUUUCUCAGCAUUUAUACAUUCGUAAGGUUUCAUUACAUAAAUGAUGGUACACUAUAUUCAUGUAUAGUGUCAACACAAUUGUAAAGUGAUAGUACUCCACAUGUAUUGUAUAUAAUGUGUCUCCUUCAUUAUUAUACCUAUCACUGCCUUUGUGUUCUAGACUGUCGUGUCGUAACCUGAUUUUAUGUCAAUAUCUAAACCAUAUUUAUAUAAGGAUAUAAGACAAUUCCAUCAAUGGUAAAACGUAGGUCGAUGUAAGCAUGUAUCUUGUUGAUAUACAAAUAUUCUAAUUAUGAAUUUGACUUACUUACGUACCAAUAUUAUGAAUAAUCAUGUAUCGAUAAUCCAAAUAAUGAUUGCCUUACUUUUGUAUCAAUGCUCUAAAUAAAAAGAUCCCUAUAGUUUUGUACCAACGUUUCAAAUAAUAUAAGCUUUAAGCUUGUUUUCCCAUCCCAUUUGCAAUUUUCUGUAUAUGUAAUGUUAUUAUGUCUUGUUGAAUAAAAUAAUGUUUAAACUAACGUUUCAAAUAAGGAUGUACCUGAUUUUUGUACCAACAUUCUAAAUAAUUCGAUGUGCUUUUUCAUCAGGUUCCAAUUAAAGUGUGAAUCUUGGAAAUCUACCAAAUGGAUCAUAUUUAUUUCGUUUUGUUAGAGAACCAUAUUAUAAAUCAAAUAAAUAUGAUGCUGCUUGAACUAUUUUAAUAAAAAAAAAUGCAAUU